AUGCGACGCGGGGCCAGCUCCGUGAUUGCCCUCUGCUCCAGCCUUGUCUUCCCCGCCUCCCUGUCCGCCGACUUCAAUGUUGGUCUCCUGACAGGGGAUCGUCGGGAAAUCGGGUCGGGGUACAAAACGCCGACGCCGCCUCCUGCGGGAGCGCGGAGAAUCCAUCCAACAAACUCGCGUGCCCGAACGGCGGCGACUACCGACGCGAGCCAAUAUCCCGACCGCCACCUUGUCUCUUCGCUGGAACCGGACGGCAGAAGCGGAGGGCAAGCGAGGGCUGGUGACACAGCCGCCGUCCAAUCGAGCACCUUUUUUCUCGCCUGA